AUGUUGGAUAGAAAUGGGGUUUCGCUUUGUGCUCUCUUGGAAACAAGAAUGCAUAUUUCUCGUAUAAAUAAAGUUUGCAAGGGUAUAAAAGGUAAUUGGCAAUGGUACUCUAAUGCUAGCUUGUGUAGUAGAGGUACUAGAAUUGAUAUUGGUUGGGAUCCAGGGGCUUGGGAUUUUUUUGUUAUUCAUAGUUUUGACCAAGUCGUGCACUGUAGAGUUCACUCUAAAAACUCUAACCACACUUUUUUCAUGUCCUUUGUUUAUGCUGAUAAUGACUAUCGUGAUAGAAGAAAACUUUGGGACUACCUGCGGAUUCAUCACUCCCUAGUCAAAUAUGAACCUUGGUUAAUUGCAGGUGAUUUUAACCAAGUUCUUAAGCCGAGUGAAUCUACUAGAUCAAGCUCCUUUGAUAGCUUUAUGACUAAUUUUCAGAGAUGCAUCAAUGAUACUAAUAUUGUCGAUAUAAAUGCCACAGGCCUAUAUUAUACUUGGAACCAGAAACCUCGUGGGAUUGGUGGGCUUCUUAGGAAACUAGAUAGGACUAUGGGUAACACCAACAUCUUAUCUAUGUUUCCCAAACUUCAUGUUAUGUACAAUUCGUAUGGCAUUUCAGACCACUCCCCUGCCCUUAUAAACUUCCCAAUUGGCAAACCGAAAAAGUCUUAUGAUUUCAAGUUUGUUAAUAAUAUUACCAAUCAUCCUCAGUUUCACGAUACGGUGCAAUCAAUAUGGGGAAAUAGGGUUAAAGGUCACUCCAUGUAUUCGGUUUUUCAAAAACUAAAGAAACUCAAACCCCCCAUACGUAAGCUUGGUCAACAAAUGGGAAACCCUUAUCACAAGGUGGAAGCACUGAGAGUCGAACUUGAAAGAGCCCAAGAACAUUUAGAUAGAGACCCCGAUAAUGAAGAGGUCGCUGAUAUUGCUAUUGCUCAUUUCUCUGAUUUCCUUGGGAAAGCUAGAGAUGUUGAUCCUAUAAUCUCCCCUAACGACCUUUUCAGCAAUACUCUAACGAAUGAGGAUGCUAGUUGGAUGACAUGGCAUAUAGUGGGGAAAGAAGUGUGCAAAGCAGUCAAAGAAUUCUUUCUGAAUGGUCAGCUUUUACAAGCUGUUAAUCAUACGAUCUUAGCCCUCCUCCCAAAGGUGGAAGUCCCCAAUACCAUGAAGGAUUUUCACCCCAUAUCUUGUUGCAAUGUCAUAUACAAAUGCAUCACAAAGAUCAUAGUGACCAGAAUAUCCCCUUUUCUUCACAAUUUGGUUGAUGUGAACCAAUCCGCCUUCAUUCCGGGUAGAGCUAUUACUGAUAACAUCCUUCUUUCACAGGAAUUGAUGCGAGGAUACACUUGUAAACAUGGAAGCCCCAGAUGUGCUCUUAAAGUCGACAUCCAAAAAGCGUAUGAUACUGUAAACUGGAGUUUUUUGGAACAAAUUCUAUGGGGUUUCGGUUUCCACCAUAGAAUGAUCCAAUGGAUAAUAAAGUGCGUCUCGACCACCUCUUUCUCCAUAAGCAUUAAUGGAGAAAAUAAAGGGUAUUUCAUGGGGCAAAGGGGGCUUAGACAGGGUGAUCCAAUGUCGCCUUAUCUCUUCACUUUAAUCAUGGAGGUUUUUAACCUUAUGAUCAAAAGGCGCAUACAACAGAACCCAAAACACAAAUAUCAUUGGAGGUGCGGGAAACAAAAGCUAACACAUCUUUGUUUUGCAGAUGAUCUUUUAAUUUUCAGCCAUGGGAGUAUUCAAGCUGUCCAGGUGAUCAAAGACGCUUUACAAGAGUUCCAUGCAGUGUCGGGUUUGAUUCGUAAUCCUCAACAAAGUUCGAUUUUUUAUGGCAAGAUCAAUGAUGCUUUAAAAACCCAAAUUUCGAAUAUUAUGGGUUUUGAGGAAGAAAAACUCCCUGUUCGAUAUCUCAGUAUUCCUUUGAUUGGUACGAGAAUGCUUAACAAGGACUGUAAUAAACUUGUGGAGCAAGUGAAAGCGCGAAUUCAGAAUUGGAAGCAUAGAGCUUCGUCCUUUGCGGGAAGAUUACAACUCGUUAACUCGGUGCUCCAAUCCCUCCAAGUUUAUUGGUUUUCGGUCCUCCUCAUUCCUAAAACAACCAUUAAAGAUAUCGAAAAAGUCUUUAAGGGUUUUCUAUGGAGUGGAGGUGAAUUGAAGAAAGGAAGUGCUAAGAUUGCUUGGAAAAUGGUGUGUAGACCUAAAGAUGAAGGAGGAUUGGGAAUCCGCAAUUUGCAGACUUAG